AUGAGCAAACCCAAAAUUUUAAUAUGCCAGAUAAAAAGCGUCGGCGACAUCAAGGGGUGGAGCUUGAAAGGAAUAGAGUCAUGCAAAAAAAAAAUAUUCGGGUACGCAGAAAACAUGCCGGGUGAAAAAAACUGGAUCAAACCGCUAAUCGGGAAGAGCAUGCAAAAUUAUUAUUUCCCGUCAAAAUAUUUACACCUCGAUUUUAACUUAAAGGAGUACAUGCGGAUGCAGACCGUGCGUUUUAAAAAGAAGGAGACAGACGACAGUUUAAUUAAUUUGCAAAAAUGCAUUAACCUCAUAAUUGAGAACAAAGACAAGGUGGAAAACUUUUUGGCAAGCAUACCAAAGGAGGUGUAUCUCGAAAAUCAGAGCUUGAGGGAUUUUUACUCUCUAUAUUUGACCGUCUUCCCCGACCAUGAACCGCAACACAGUGGGGAGUACCAACAGAAUGGGAAGUGCCAGCAGAGUGGGAAGUGCCAGCAGAGUGGGAAGUGCCAGCAGAGUGGGAAGUGCCAGCAGAGUGGGAAGUGCCAGCAGAGUGGGAAGUGCCAGCAGAGUGGGAAGUGCCAGCAGAGUGGGAAGUGCCAACAAAAACACGCGUUAUCGCCCGACGAUUUAAGAGAGCUAAAUUUGCACGAGCAAAAAUUCAGCUGGUUUACCCAGCGAGGGGACAAUGGAAGGGGAACGCAAGCGGAGAAGUCCAAUUGCGGGGAAUCCCCUUUUUGCACACAAAAUGGAAGUGAAAGCGAAAAUUACCUGAACAAGUCAGGCAAAAUGGAAGAUAAAAAGGAGACACCCGAGGAGAAGGAAAAAAGUGAAACGAGUCAAAAGGUAUGUGAAGAAGUAACAACACACACGAACAGUUAUGAUAAGAUAAUUUUUGCCAGAACGAAGGGACGGCUGUCAUUUAAGAAGAUAAUACUUGGGGAAAAUUCCCCUGCGGGUGGGGAUAAACCGCGCACGCGAUUGAAUUGCGGGAAGGAAGUAAAUACAACGGACCAAAAGCUACACUACGUAGACUGUGACGUGAACAUAGGACUGGAGGAGCGCCGAGAAAAAACCAAAGCAGAAAUGGAGGAACACGAAAGAUCAAAAAAUCACUUUUUAAAUUUGCUAAGCGAAAAUGAACACUUACAAAACACCCUUUCCAUCAGAAACAGGUUUAUCGACCCGCUGUAUCUCCGACGGAGGUACUCCUUCAUUGACAAAUUAACAAAAAAGAAAAUAAAAAAAGAAAAAUAUAAAACUUACAGAAAGCACUUCAUUCAGCAUGCCGACGAGAAGGAAGUGUGGCCAGAUAACAAGGGGCUGCUCAACAAGGUUUACCCAAAUCCGUACUCGUGA